AUUUUCCAUUAAUACAGAAAAUGAACCUCUAAACGUUACAUCACUGACAGGCGGCGGUGUAUAUGUUUCCUAACUGUGGCUAAAGCUGCUGCUAGCUGGUUUACUCAUGAUCAGAGGCUGGUUCCUUUGAAUACAGUUGGAGAAUGGUAAAUUGACAAUGACUUAUAACGGUUAUCUAGCACGUAAACACUGUUUUAUAAAACACAGAAAGUGAACCUCUAAACGUUACAGCGCUGACAGAGAGUAUAUUUUUCCUAAAUGUGGCUAAAGCUGCUGCUAGGUGGUUUACUCUCCGAUCGGAGGCUGUUUAUUUUAUACACAGAUAGAGAAUGGUGAAUUUACAAUGAUUAGUAACAGCUAUCUAACACUUAAAUGCUGUUAUUAUUAAACUUACCUUUUAUUAUAUCCUUAAGAUUAUGAGAAUGCGGGAAGUUUUCAGCUUGGUUCCCAAGGCAAAAUCACACCGGAAGUAAAGAUACCCAGUUUUGAGUUAUGGCGGCCAUUGUCUGACGUCACUGUGAAAAGGGUCUAUUGGCUGGUUGUUCAGUCAGUGGGCGGGGCUCAGUUUGAACCUCAGUCCCGCCGCCUACAUCGGUAUCAAAUUUCCUGCUGCCAUCAUGGCGACCAGCAGAAGCUUGUUGUGAACAAAACUUUCUGAACCAAUUUAGCGCACUUGCCGGUAUGGCUGAUAGAACGGAGAGGAGGAGGCAGCCAGCGGGGCGGAAGAGCCGGCAGAGCCAGCCGAGGAAAAGCUCCAGCGCCCGGGUGUCUCUGGAAAAGGUUCUUGGGAUCAGCCCGGUGGUCAGCAGCUUCCUGACCUCUGACCCUAACUCUGGCCGUAUUGCGUAUCCUGCAGGGUGUGUGGUGGUUCUGUUGAGCCCACAGAGCAACAAGCAGGAUCACAUCAUCAACGCCUGCAGGAAGCCCUUCACCGCUCUGAGCUUUUCUCCUGACGGGAAGCACCUGGUGACCGGAGAGAGCGGCCACAUGCCCUGUGUCCGGGUGUGGGAGGUGAGUGGAGGCCAGGUGGCCGAAGUCCAGGCCCAUAAGUACGGCGUGUCCUGCGUGGCGUUCUCCUGCAGCGGCUCCUAUGUGGUCUCUGUGGGGUUCCAGCAUGACCGGAUCGUCAGUGUGUGGGACUGGAAGAAAGGCUCCAUCAUCGCCACCAACAAGGUGUCCAGCAGAGUCUUCUCCGUCUCCUUCUCCCAGGACAGCAGCUACUUCGUUACCGCGGGAAACCGACACGUAAAGUUCUGGGACCUGGACGGCUCCAAGGACCGGCGGGUGAACAGCACCGUGCCGCUGAUUGGUCGGUCCGGGUUGCUAGGCGACCAUAAGAACAGCGUGUUCUGCGGAGUGGCGUGUGGGCGGGGCCAAGCUGCGAGCAACACGUACUGCGUCACCGCCGCCGGGGUCCUGUGUCUGUUCAACGGCAGACGGCAGCUGGAGGCCUGGGUGGACCUGAAGACGGCGGCGGCGAGCGGCCUGGCGGUCAGCGAGGACUGGGUGUUCUGCGGCUGCGCAGACGGAGUGAUCCGGGUUUUCCGGCCGGCCGACCUGGAGUACGUGGGAACGCUGCCGCGGCCGCACCGCCUGGGCGUGGAUCUGACUCGGAGCGCGCCGCACAGCAGCCCACCUCCCGCCGGCUCCGAGGCGGCGCAUCCCGACACCCUGGCGCUGACCUUUGACCCCAGAGGGCAGCGGCUCAGCUGCGUGUACACGGACCACAGCGUGUACGUCUGGGACGUGGCGGACGUGAAGAACGCCGGAAGGGUGCACUCGGCUCUGUACCACAGCAGCUGCGUGUGGAACAUCCAGGUUUAUCCGGAGCUGCAGGAUCCGUCUCAGGCCUGCCUGCCUCCAUCAUCCUUCCUCACCUGUUCCUCUGAUAACACCAUCAGGCUGUGGCACUCUGACGCCCCCAUCAGGCAGAGGAACCAGUACAGCCAGGACCUGCUGAAGAUCCUGUAUGUGGGGGAAGACGUGCAGCCCCUGCAGGCGGCGGGCGAGCGGGCCGAGGCCGACGGGCCGGACGGGAAGGCCGGGAUCCGGGUGCUGGGAAUCAGUCCGGACGGGAAGCACCUGGCGGCCGGAGACCGCUGUGGGAACCUGAGGAUCUUUGACCUGGAGAGCCUGACUGAGCAGCUGAAGAUCGAGGCUCACGACUCCGAGGUUCUCUGUUUGGAGUUUUCUCCUUUGUCCUCAGGAGUGAAGCUGCUGGCCUCAGCCAGCAGAGAUCGACUCAUCCACAUCUUCAACCAGGAGAAGAACUACAACCUCCAGCAGACCCUGAACGACCACUCCGCCUCCAUCACCGCCGUCAAGUUCACCGGUCAGAGUCCAGAGGUCCAGCUGGUGAGCUGUGGAGCCGACAAGAGCAUCUACGUUCAGACGGCCGAGCAGACGCCGGACGGGUCGCUGUUCUCCCGGCGCCACCAUGUGGUGGAGAAGACCACGCUGUACGACAUGGACCUGGACCCGACCGGAACGCGCGUCUCUGUGGCGUGUCAGGACAGGAACGUCAGAGUUUACAGUGUGGAGACGGGGAAGCUGGAGCGCAGCCUGAAGGGCUCGGCGAGCGACGAGGGAGCCCUGCUCAAGGUUCACUCGGACCCGUCCGGAUCGUUCUUCGCCACCAGCUGCUCUGAUAAGAACAUCACCAUCUUUGACGCGGAGACCGGCGAGUGCGUCGCCACGCUGUUCGGUCACUCAGAGCUGGUCAGCUGCAUGCGGUUCAGCCAGGACUGCAGACAUCUGAUCUCAGCGUCCGGAGACAGCUGCGUGUUUGUGUGGCGCCUGGACCCCCAGAUGAGCAGCACCAUGAGGAAGAGGCGGGCCCCGGGGCCGAAUGGCCCUCGGCAGCCCAGCAUCAGGAGGGAGACCUUCAUCACCGUCCCCGUCUCCCAGCUGCCUCUGGCGGAGGACAAGGAGGAUCAGCGGACCCCCGGGAGACCGGAGCCCCCUGCUGAGACGAUGCUGCUGGAGACCAACGGGAAGAUGCCCAUGUGGUUCCGGAAGCUGGUGGACGCCGAGGCUUCGUCCGUCGACCAAUCGGAGGCGGAGCCCAGCCAAGUGCGCAGCCGGUGGGCGGAGCCUCUGAACCCGCUGGCCUUCUGCUCCGGCCUGAACGCCAGCCAUGAGGAAGAGGAGGAGGAAGAGUUCCACCCUCAGAGCCUGGACAGCCUGCUGGGAGAGGAAGAGGAGGAGGUGCUGCAGACGGCCAGGGGAAACCAGACCUUCAUCCUCCAGUCUGACGGCAGCACCGCCCUGUCCGACAGGGACUUCAAGGUGGAGGCCGGGGCCGAUCCUGCGCUGGAGGUCAGAGGUCAGGGGGCGGAGCCUGUGUGGAGGACGCACCCCAGUCCGGACUCGGCCUGCUCCGAAGGGUCGACAGGAAGUCUGGAGCCGCAGCACGACACCGACACCGACUCCCUGAGCCAGAGCAGCUCUGUGGGCAGUUUGGGUCCGGAGGACGACGAGGACCGGAACUCUCUAAAGAACCACUUUGAGAGUUUGGCCUCCAGUCUGGCUGAAGAACGCUUCGAUGCGGACCUGACGGCGCUGCGGCCGGCCCAGGAGAAGCCCUUCCUGAACCCGCGCCUCAGCAUCUCCACCCGCUUCCUGUCCCGCUUCCAGGACCGAGUCCGGUCCAUUCCCCGCGGCCCGGCGCCCCCCGAGCGCCGCACUGACACAGAGGCGGGUCUGGUGUGCUCCAGGGUCCGACCCGGCCGGAUCACAGGCAGGAUCUCUGAGGAGAGCAACUCAAACCCGAAGAUCGGAUCAAAACUCCAGAUGAGAUCCGAGCCCAGCGGCGCCAUCGGGUUUCUGGGUUCGACUCUGGAAGAAAACGCUGAUGGAGGGAGUGUUGGUGUGACCGCAGUGGGAGGUAGAGCGGUGCUGGGUAGCAGAGCUUCCUGUGGGAUUUCCCAUGAGCCCCGGCGGCGGGCGGCCCGCAGACGACACACGGUGCUGGUGCUGCGGUGCAGGAAGACGCUGGGAGACGUCACGUCCAGAACUGCCAACAGCUGCGCUUCGUCUUCAGUAACGGAGGAGUCCCGCCUCGCGUUCCUGGACAUCUCCAAACCCGCCUGCUGCCCCCUGGAGGAGAACAAGGAGAACCAACAAAUCAUGCCCACAUCCCAACAGGCUCCGCCCACAUCCCAACAGGCUCCACCCACAUCGCAGCAGGAGCAGGGCAGCAGCUUGCAGGUUUUGGCCACGCCCCCUGCAGUGACAUCACUGCGCGCCGGCAGCCUCGACGAGACGCCAACCAAUCCCAACAGGACACUAAUCCAGAGCCCCGCCCCCCCAGCGCCACCUGGGGGAUGGAAAGGGGCGGAGCCAGCAAGUCCGACUGAUCCAGAUGUUUCUGCUGCACCUGAUUCGUCGGUCUUUGCCCCGCCCACUUCCUCGUCCCCCGUGUCAGAGAGGCUCCGCCCCCAGGCAGACAGUGGCACCUGUCGGACAGGUGAAGAGGGGGCGGAGCCUGUCAGCCUGCAGCAGUGUCAGCAGGCCGCCAUGGCUCUGCGCCAGGCAACACAGCGAGCCGUCCUCCUGUUCCGCCAGCAGGUUUUCGGCUCUGAGGGAUCAGAAAGCUGCUCCGUCCUGCAGGAAGCCGCCAUCGCCGCUCACAGGGAGCUGCAGGCUGUGCUGCCGGCGCCGUGCAGCGGCGCCCCCUCUGGUCAGACGCAGGAUGAGCAGAUGAUGUCACUCCUGGAGAAAUACUCUGAGCUCCUGGUUCAGAUGACUCAAAACAAACUGAAUAAAAUCUGAACGGUACGAAGCCGACAAAGGCCAGGACUAAAAGCACCUUAUUGUUUUACCUGCAGUAUUUUACUUUUACAUUUUAAAUCACUCACUGUUUUUGAAAUUGAAACUGUCUUUUAAUUUCUUAAUAAAGUUUGUGUUUUAAUGAACA